ACAUUAGAGUCGGUGAACGCGUCGGUAAACACGUAUACGUUUCGAUUCUAACAGUUGGCGUUUUGUCACUCGCCAUCAUAAGAAGCGUUUCUCAGUCUGUCGAAAAACCUUCAACGGGUCAGUCUUCCCGAGGUCGUAGUAAUUUGAGUGUUUAUUUUUUUUGUGAAAUAGUGAACAGCAAAUAAUUACAAAUGCCAGCUGCACCCAGUUCUACGUCCGUUGGAGCCGGUGGUAGGUCACCUAGCAAAGCUGUUGCUCCUCGCACCUCCGGGGUCGGUACCGUAAGACAGCGUAAAACUGCCCCUGCAACGUCAGCGAGAAAUCGCAAUACUGGCACGAGUUCCGGUGGCAUGUGGAGAUAUUACACCGAUGACUCGCCUGGAAUUAAAGUAGGUCCAGUUCCAGUUCUCGUGAUGUCACUCCUCUUCAUAGCAUCUGUAUUUAUGCUCCACAUCUGGGGAAAAUACACACGGUCUUAAAAGUAAAAAAAAUACAAAAUAAUACAACAACAAAUAAUCCAUAAAACUUUAAAGACUCGAGAGACUGUAAAAAGUUCAAGGGACACCAGCCCCGCACGACGUGCAUACAGAAACAACAGAAUUGUCCGAUUACCGCUGAGAUAUUCUCAUUGGUCACAAAUGAAAAGAUUAAUUGUGAAUUGAAAAUGAAAAUCUUAUGAGAAUUAUAUUUACAAGUGGGUUAAACGGAAUUCCUUCAUUUUUAAGAUUGUGUUUUUUAAGUUAUUCGCUCUGUUCAUUGCCUUCAUUGGUAAUUGCAUUAAUUAUGAUAAUAAAUUUUGAUAUAGCACUCUAUGUAAUUGAAUCAUUAUGUGGCUCAGUUAUAUGACUGUAUUAAAAAUAAAUAUGGUAAUAAUGUA